AUGCUAAAAGACAUCAAGGCAGUCAAAGCGAUUGAUAAAGACACCAAAAACGCUGUCAAAGACGACAAUUUUCUGUCUCUCCAAGCUGUUACACAUUACUGCUGCGAACGUGGCACUCUUACGGAUAGAGCAAUACACACUAUCUUCAACCGAUACGUGAGUCGAACUCGAGUCCCGGUGAAUGGCUGCACCGAUGACGCCAGCGUGGUCGGCAUGUCUAAAUUGGACUUUGUCAGAAUGUUUCUGGCCUUGGUCGGGUCUGCGACGGACAAGGGGCUAAAAUACUGGUUUUCGGUAUUGGAUCAAGAUGGGGAUGGAUGGGUAGGUGUUGCCGAUGUGGCUUAUUUUUAUGCGGAAAGAAAGUCUGAAAGUGAGAAAAAGAACGGCAUUUUGUUGACAGACGUAAGAAGCCUAUGGGUUCGACUGUGUGCAAUGACUGGUGUAUCACCCAAGGGACGAGGGAUUAGUUUCAGAUCCAUGAAGGAGCUGGGGAAAGCCGAUCGCGAGUUCGUCGCAUGCGCGUUGUUGAUCAGACGAGCUGAUGAUGGCAACCUUACCAACGUGGCUGCCACUAUGGAAGUACAGGACAAGGCGGGGAAGGCACCGUAAUGCAUGGCUGGGUUGGUAACUAUUGUCAAGAAGAAUUCUCCCUACAGACUCCACUGCUAGUCGUGUCGCUAGGAUUUCGACGGAAAAAUCCUUACAGUAGCAUAAAUUGGCUCUGAAGGUGUUAA